AUGAGCCGCUUGCAAAGACUGAACGAUUGGUGUAUGGACAUUAUCGAUACGAUACAACCUUACCUCGUCGAAGUUGCAUAUUUCACGUUUUUUCUUUCUAGGCACAUGACAUUACCGUUGUUUCAGGAGUAUGUUCAGUCGGAGAUAUAUAAACAACAUGGUCUUAACAACACGGUUGUUGACCACGAAGAAAUCUACUUUCCACCCGAUGACGAGAACCAACCCGGUCCGUAUUAUGAGGCCCACAAGGAGAGUAUCAUGGCAGUGUUGGGCUUGCAAAUGGCUGAAGGCCUGCCAUCCGUGGUGACUGUUAUCAUCCUGGGGGCUCUCAGUGACAGAUCUGGCAAAAGAAAAAUGUUGUUAUGGGUACCAGCGUUCGGUAGCCUCCUCUACUCUCUCAUCUACAUACUUAUCCUGUACACAGGCUGGACCAUUGAUGGUCUCUUCAUGGCAUCAGCUUUGAGAGGCCUCAGUGGCAGCAUGACUGCAUUUUAUGCUGGCGGUACCUUUUUUGCAAUUAAUUCUGUUGAGCCAGAGAAGAGAGCUUGGCGAUUGGCACUCCAGGAAUUCCUGAAUGGUGCAGCGUAUGCAAUUGCAAAUAUUAUGGCUGGAUUCUGGGUGAAAGAUUGGGGUUUUCUUCAACCAUUUUGGUUCACAUUAAUUUGCAGUGCAAUAGCGUUUUUGAUAUCAUUCUUCUUAGUCAAGGAGGUCAAGAUUCCAGAAAAUGUUCAAACCACGAGGAACUACACCAGUGAAAAUUGCUGUAUUGAUACAUUCAAACCCAUGGGGAAAUUUUUUCGUUGUACCAACCGUAAGAUGGUGAAAGUUUGGCUUGCAAUACUUGCUUUCCAGACAUAUGCGAUUGUCCACAUUGGACAGAUAAAUACCCUGGUCUUGUACCUACGAGGACCUCCUUAUGGUUGGCCUACUGCCAGAAUUGGCAUGUUCCUGUCUGUCAUAAUGGCAGUUGCUGCCAUUGGGACGGUGUCUACUCCACCUGUGCUGAAGCUAAUACUCUCAGACACCAGUAUCACUUUUGCUGGUCUGUUCUCGAAAGCUAUUGGAACACUUUGGAUAGCUGUUGUUAAAAAUGAAACAGUACUCUACUUUUCUAUCCUCCUGUUGGUGUUGGAGUUACUUCCCUUCCCAAUGUUGAGGUCUAUAGUUGCCAAUGGAAUUGAAACUCCAGAUCAAGGUUCCUUGUUUGCCUUGAUGCACUGUGGAGAAAGUAUAUCAUACUUCCUGGCGCCCCUCAUGUUCCAGGCCAUGUACGCUGGCACCCUACACUACUUCACAGGAUUUGUCUUUGUAAUUUCUGUCCUGUUCCUCAUCCUACCUGUGGCAUUUGUCAUAGGAAUACGGUUCAUGGACCUUAACCAGCCAUCUGAAUAUGAACCAAUGGAUGGAGAUACAGAAAUGAUAGGAGACCAGCCAGUGGAAACAGAGGUACAACCUCCUUUGCAAGAAUCCCUGGAACAAAGUGAACAACAGCCAAUCAGCAUUAUCAGUGCAACCGAGCGAGUUUAGACCACUACAUUUAGGAGACACAAAUCCUAAUGGCCAAUUAGCUUAUGUCUUAUUAAUGUUGUGAAAUAGCAGAUUUUGUCUUCUUCAAAAUAUAAAGUGUUUUAAACUGUUGUGCUACUAUAUACCUGCCAAAAGUUGCUGUCCGUCUUUCAUCACUCAAUAUCUACUGAUAUAACAUGGUCCCUAUAAAUGUCCUUAUGUGCUAUAAAUAUCACAUAAUAUCUAUAAAUAUUCCUGUUUACUCAACAAUAGAAUUGUAAAAGGAACUGGAAGAACUGAAGUUAGUAUACUAUAAUUUGUAAAACCAUGUUAAAGUCAAACUGUUGAUAAUCAAACAUAUUUCUGUUUCAAUCGCAUUCAGUGCUCAUUUAUACUGUUAGGAUGUAGAUAUUCUUGCAGGUUUGUAUUUAAUUCUUUGGACAUUGUGAUGAUUGGAGACAAGUUUCUAUAGUACAUUUAGCUUGCUGUUUUUAAAAAGCACUUAAUAUUGAUAUAAAAGCAAAAAGUGCUAUACCAGGUAAUCAAAAUCAAUAGGAAAGUGAAGUUGUGUAAAUUAGUCCAGCACUAAUAUGGUUGUGUGACGUUAAUUUAGAUAAAGAUGAGUUUAUUUCUUGAGUUUACACACUAACUUCAGUGUCAAUGGAUCAGUGUUUAAUGUGUUUAUAGAGUUGUCCACAGUCUAUGAACUAGCAAAGUAUUUAAUGCUUUUAAAUGUUUUAGACUGUAGUAU